AUGUUCUCCUUCCUCAGUGGGGUCACGAAGAAAGUUAACGAUGCCGCCCUGGAUACCAUGAAAGUAGUGAAACAACAAUUGGAGACGAUGCAGGUGCAAGAUCGAAAUCCACUCCGUGAACUGACCACUUCCGUAGUGGAACGUAUGCCCAGUCGCGAAGAAAUCUCAUCAAUCCGAGGCAGCAACGUCGCAGCCGUCGCCAGCUCGACAGUUACCAAUCUUGGCGCUCGUCUCCACAGCUUCUACGAUGAUUUCCAGAAGAAUCUCGAAAAACAUCAGAACCAGUCAGCAAGCAGCGGGAAUUCGGUUGAUUCCGGAAUUGGAAGCUUUGAGGCCAAUUCUAAUACGCUAGAUACCCCCUCGACAUCAACCGGAAGGAGCCGAUUUUCGCCAAAGCGGCAAUUUCCGGCCGAAUCCUCGCCCGUCAGGCCAUCGUCCCCAAUCCAAAUGGAAGACAGUUUCGAUUUGAUUAUCUCCGAGCGACAAGAUGUAUUGGAUAGCUCAUCGACCAUUGGGCGGAAGAGAAGUCGUGAUCAGUUAGAUGGGAGUAUUGAGAUCCUGGAGGAGGAUGUGGAGCAAGCAGAGGCUUUUGCUAAUACUUCGAAAGCCGCAGCAAAACAGAAGACUCCGACCGUAAAUUCUGACGUACAGAGGAAUUUCUCGGAAGGCCUCGCAGAAGCCGAUUUGAGCGAAAUCCCUGGCGCCGAGGGGAGCAAAGUAAUGGAUGACGACCUGACUGGAUUUCAGUCUUUCCUCGCCGACCAUAUUGAAUGUGACGACAACGACUAUUGUCAGAUUUGCAAGAGAACGUGCAGUAUUCCCGAUUUGAAGGCGGCAAUCGCCCACCUAUCAAUGCAUUUCGAAACAAAUAAGGUCAUCGAGUGCCCAGCAUGCCCAUAUGUGAAUUCAUCGCGAAGAAUGGUGACGACCCACAUUCAUCGAGUGCAUCCCCUCAUUGACGCGAGAAAGGCGAGAAAAUAUAUCGUAGAAGGGCUGUGCAACCACGAAUCUAUCGCCCGGGCCGUCUUCCCCAACAAUACCGAGCUACCGACAAAACUGAUCGCCCACUACCGCACCGAGAAAUUCAAAGCUUGCAACAUGAUGAUGGAUAGGCCGUACCCAAGGACCCUACUAACACACAUGAAGAAUUAUCACGAUCUCGACGCGCCAUUCCUGUGCAAAUGCGGGUUCAAAGCCAUCACCCACGACCAGAUUCAAGACCAUCUAAAGCAGCCCCAUGACGACCCGGCCAGCCUCGGAGAUUUCAUCGACAAAAGAUCUGAUGAGCUAUUCGCGCAAUGGCAAAAGGAAACAAAGCGCUGUUUCCCGAAUACGCCCUACGAUCUGGUGAAAUUCAUGAAUGACAGUGCGAAGGAC